AUGUUUCCCUUCAAGGUGAGCAAGUGGAUGAAGCUUGCCUGCUUCCACUCACUGGUGGUCUCCUCAUCCAGCCUUCGCCCGAAGAAACUAAUCCACAAGCUGCAGGAAGAAAAGGUGUUUCGGGAAGAGAUGAGACACUUCCGUGAGAAGACAGAAGGCUUCAGGGAAGAGAUGCGGAAUUUCCGUGGCAAGACCUGCACUUUCAGGGGCCAGAUCUUGGGCAUUUGGGAAGAGGAGAGACCUUUCUGGGAAGAGGAGAAAACCUUCUGAAAAGAGGAAAAAGCCUUCUGGGAAACGGAAAAAUCUUUCUGGGAAGAAGAGAAAGCCUUUUGGAAAAAGUACCGAAUCUUCUGGAAGGAGGACAAUGCCUUGGGGGAAAGAGACAGGAACCUCCUUCAGGAGGACAAGGCCCGGUGGGGGGAAGAAAAGGCCCUGUGGGAGGAGGAAAGCGCCCUUCUGGAGGAGGACAAGGCCCUCUGGGUGGAAGGGGGUGCUCAGGUUGUGGAGCAGCAGAGGCUGGCAGCGGGGCACCGCAACGUCAGUGGGGGGCCCCGGUCAGCAGCCUCCUGCCGGGGCAGGGCGUGA